AUGGUGUCAUCAUGGUGUCCUCAUGGUGUCCUCAUGGUGUCUUCAUGGUGUCCUCAUGGUGUCCUCAUGGUGUCUUCAUGGUGUCCACAUGGUGUCUUCAUGGUGUCCACAUGGUGUCUUCAUGGUGUCCACAUGGUGUCUUCAUGGUGUCCACAAGGUGUCCUCAUGGUGUCUUCAUGGUGUUCUCAUGGUGUCCUCAUGGUGAAGCAGAUGCAGCAGAUGCAGCAGACGCAGCAGGUGAAGCAGAUGCAUCAGAUGCAGAUGUGUGAUGCAGCUGAUGCAGCAGUGACAGAGCUCUCACAGCAGAGCUACCACAGCAGAGCUCCCACAGGAGAGCUACCACAGGAGAGCUACCACAGGAGAGCACCCACAGCAGAGCACCCACAGGAGAGCACCCAUAGCAGAGCACCCACAGCAGAGCUACCCCAGGAGAGCUACCACAGGAGAGCAUCCACAGCAGAGCUACCACAGGAAAGCUUCCACAGCCGAGCUACCUUAGAAGAGCUACCACAGGAGAGCUUCCACAGCAGAGCUACCUUAGGAGAGCUACCACAGGAGAGCUUCCACAGCCGAGCUACCACAGGAGAGCUAGAGUCUGAGCAGAGAUCUUCACCUCCUCAUGACCCACACUGCUCUGAUUGUGAGGAGCGUGUGGAGGAGCAAGAAUCCGAGCCGUGGGUCCAGAAGAAACCUGUCCUUGUCCCGGUGGGGGCGGGGUCAGCUCGCGGCCCCCCCAGCGCCCCCCCCCGGGACAAUAGCAGCGAUAGAAGCAGAAGUGGGACUGAGACUCGGGACGCUGAAGAAUCCUGCCCCGGCGCCCACCGCAGGACACAGGCCGCCUCUGUCCCGAACCCAAACACUUUUCUGUUUGUUUUCUGUUUGAGUAAAUUACAUUCUCCCGAUGAAGCCGUCUCUGCCGCGGGCCUCGCCGACUCUGUUGACUGA